AUGGCCCACAUCGAGCGCCAGGUCGACGAGAUCAUCGCGGCGAUGCUAGAGCAACAACGUGCGAAGGCCGAGAGCGCGUCCAAGCCACCGCGGGACAGGAGCGUCGCGUCCAAGUGCGCUGUGUGUACGAAGGACGCCGUCUCGCGGUGCUCGAAGUGUAGGGUCGUCUGGUUCUGCGGGCCAGAGUGCGCAAAGUUGCUAUGGCCCUCGCACAAGGCUUUGUGCGGCGCCGACCCCGACUACUUCCACGUCGCGCCGCUGUCGAAACGCGAGUGCCGCGACCUCGAGACCGUCCUAGACGGACCCAUCUACCAGUGUGGCGAGGAGCUGUUCGAGCAGAUACCUAUAACGCUCCGACAGGCCAUGACGCUGCAGUACUUCCAAGGCUUCGAGGACAUCGAGGAGGAUUUGAGCACUUGGGCCGACGUCAAGCGACUGCUGCAGAGCCCGGCGCCGACCACUACCACUCGUGCGCCGUAUGAGCGAGACCCGCGGCACACCCUCAUCGCCUUGGCCCGAACUCAACUCGACACGCUGUACAUGCGACAAGGCGGAGUAACGGAUCCACGGAGUAGCGAGCCAUGGCAACUAGCACACAACAUGGUCGAGGAGGUCAUGCAUGCGCACGACGAAUUCGAGGAGGAUCUGGCGGAUCUCCAGGUCAAUCGCCCUUUCAACCACUUCCUCCGCCAACUCCUCAUCUUCAUCACUAUGCUCUCGCACUUUGUCAAGGCACCCAAGGAAGACAUCAAUGUCUACCUCGGUCACAUGCGGACCGCGCUGGACCGCACCCGAGAAGCUUGA